GGACAAUGUUGUAUGCGAGUAAAAUGGGGUGGAAUAAGACAAAGAUGGCCUUUAUUUUCUCAUUUGGUACCUCUUUCACUCUUUCUUCGUUCCACAGUCCUCCUUGAACCUUUCUUCUCCUCAAACCAUCAAUCAAUCUUCGAGCUACAUCCCAUCACGAUGUGUUCGCUGGCAGCCUCGCAACCCCUCACCCUUGAUGCAACACCAGUAGUUGAUGAGCUCAAGGUCAAGCUCAACGGCUAUCCUAGCGAUCCUCAAACUCUCAAGGCUCCCCUACCGAACCCAUCCUUACAGGUCACGGCAGAUCACAACUUGAAAAGAGUCGAUGCGCCUGUGUAUGCACCCAAGUCUGGCGAGGUUCUUCUUCACAUCAAGGCCACUGGUAUUUGCGGUUCUGAUGUUCAUUUUUGGAAAACAGGAUGUAUAGGUUCCCUUGUAUUUGAUGGUGAUUGUAUCAUUGGACAUGAGGCCGCUGGUGUUGUGAUUCGUGUUGGUGAGGAUGUUACAGAUCUCAAACCUGGCGACCGAGUGGCUGUUGAGCCUGGAGUUCCUUGCGGUCAUUGCUUUCUGUGUAAAGACGGCCGAUACAAUCUCUGUGAAGAUGUACAGUUCUCCGGAGUCUACCCUUAUGCAGGAACUCUGCAGCGAUACAAGGUUCAUCCUGCCAAAUGGCUUCAUAAACUUCCCGAUAGUGUCUCUUUCGCCGAGGGCGCCCUUCUCGAGCCCCUGAGCGUCGUCCUCCACGGCAUAAACUCAGCCCCGAUCACCCUCGGAACGCCUGCUGUGAUCUGUGGUGCUGGUCCUAUUGGCCUUCUUGCUCUCGCUGCCGCGCGAGCUUCUGGAGCCCAUCCCCUCGUCAUCACGGAUGUCGAACCCAAACGACUGGCUUUUGCAAAGGAUUUCGUUCCCACAGCUAUUACGUACCAAGUUGACAUUAGCAAGAGCAACGAGCAGAAUGGUGAGGCUGUGAGGAAGCUGUUCGGUGAGACAGAGUAUGUUCAGCCUAGGGUUGUGUUUGAGUGUACCGGUAUCGAAAGCAGUGUAUGCUCCGCUGCGUAUAUGGUACGUCGUGGGGGUGUUCUCAUGGUUGUCGGUGUUGGCAGGUCGAUUAUGAACAAUCUGCCUUUCAUGCAUUUGUCUCUUGCUGAGAUUCAACUUCGAUUCAUCAACAGAUACAAGGAUACCUGGCCUGCAGGUAUUGCGUGUAUUGAGGGGGGCUUAAUAGAUGCGAAGAAGUUGGUAUCGCAUGUUUUCCCUCUGGAACAGGCUCUUGAGGGAUUGACUUUAUCGGCAGACCCUAAGAAUGGGUGCAUCAAGGUGCAAAUUGUGGAUGAGACCGAGACAACGUAUUUUUAGGAGAUUUAGCGGUAGCCGUUGGGAUCAAAACAAGGUCUUGUCAUGAUGCUCUUUUUUUUUGGUUGGCUUUCGACGUUCACGAUAAAUCCUAUUCAGUGCAGUAUUGUGUCUACAGUUAAUUCAGUGAAUUAACUGCACUUCAAAUAAACCCACUACCUCGUCUUGAUGCAUAAAUAUCUCUUCUGCAAACAUUAAUGCUCUUAAAGUACAAGUUCAAGACUUAUUAUCCUGCGAUUUGGCUUCAGUACCAUACGAAAUUAAG